AUGGGACUUUAUAGUCAGAUCUCCUUUUACCACGAGUGUGGACACGCGGAAGAAUGCUUGUGGUUUUCCCCAGACAUCGCACGAGCGGUGCCCACAGAGCCGUCAUUCUCAAUCGUAGACUUCUUACGGAUCGUAGACCCCACAUCGGACUUCAAAAGUAGUCUGAGGGAGAUGCAUUACCAGUUGGGGACGUGUAUUCACUGCGCAGGUCAAGGUGAGGAUCCCCAACCACCUAUCCCAUUGUCAGAUGAAGAAAAGGCUGCGAAGCGCGAAAUGUGGCACCGAUUUGUCUACAAACCUAACCUGAUAUGGAGUACUGCGGGUAUGAAAAUCAUCAGUCUAUUUCCUGAGUUGGUAGGAAGGCAAAAGCAGCUGAACUAUGAGUUGAGUGCAUCUGCGCAAAUGCACCAUGGCGAGGUUAUGGACGAGAUCUUAGAUGAGUACCACGCCCUACAUGAGGAGUGGAAGUGCGCAAGCUCCCGUGGCAUAUAUCUCUCCGAUUGGACGGAACGUCACUAUCAAGAUGUCCUGGCAGGAGUCCCCCUUGCCGACCGAGAACACUUAUGGGUCCCCGGUCUCGACACAGACCUGUUUGCUGUUGUGGACCCUCACACUCUAGAUGAAGAUGCGGAAUGUUCAAUUUGCUUAGAGGGAUAUUCAAGAAUAUCCCGAAUCCGCCGAUUGCCUUGUAAACAUGUCUACCAUCUCAACUGCAUCAAGAGCUGGUUCCAUGGAGGUGUUUGGGGUGAGGGUGAGGAUGCUUGCCCGUAUUGUAGAACUGAGUUCAACAUCGUCGAUGUGCCUGGAAUCUGA